AUGCCGUCCACCAGACUCACAUACCGCCGGCGCCAGCCAUACAACACCAAGUCAAACCUCACACGAAUCAUCCGGACUCCUGGCGGCGAGCACCGCUACCUUCACAUCGCCAAAAAGGGCACAAGCCCCAAGUGCGGCGACUGCCACGCCAAACUCCCCGGCAUCCCCGCCAGGCGGCCGCGCGAGUACGCCACCCUCUCGAAAACGAAGAAGAGCGUGUCGAGGGCAUACGGUGGUUCCCGCUGCGCUACCUGCGUUAGGGACAGGAUUGUGCGGGCUUUCCUUAUCGAGGAGCAGAAGAUUGUGAAGAAGGUUAUGAAGGAGGCGCAGCAGAAGAAGCGCUAG